CGUGCCAUUGACAGUGUCUCUUUAAUUCCUUCUCAAGCACCAUUGGUAAUACCAUGACGUAUGAAUAUAUUACACCUUCUACACUACAGCCCUUGACAGCUAUAUCUGUUGAUCAAGCAUGAAGAAAUCUUGCAAAGGAAAAGAAGAUAAAUCGUUUCUCCUAAACACGCAGUUUGACCCUCCCUCCCCAUUACAUUACUUUUACAAUGUUCAUCCUCCUUAGCAAGACAGCAAGUUUAUUUAGGCAUUUUUCAACAGGCCCUUUCAACACUUCUAAAGAUCUCAAGGGAAUUUGGAAUUAUCCUCAGCCAUCUGGUUGCAAAGUUGACCUUUACAAAAGCCUUGUUUUAGCAUUGCUAUCGCGAUUGUGUGUUCACUUCCGGAAUCAAAUUGUGGCUCUUCGGUAAUUUUCGAGAUGUCACUCGUACGUUUCCGGAAAGCCGUCGUGACGUUCGCUGUUCGGAACGUGAUUGGCCAAAGUCCUCGUAGACCAAUGAUGACUUCAUACCACACCUAAGCAUUUCCUSUAUUUUGAACAUUCAUUUCAACAUUUGCUGAAUCCUAGAUUGACUUUUUUAACCACUAUACACAAGAUAGACUUAUUAUUCUACAGAAUAAGAAUUUGGCAGUCAUAGACGAAUUGUUUUAAUUCAAAAUGGCGCGGAUUUGCCGAGCCGUGCCUUGGGUCUGUUGGCUUGCACGCGUUGUACUCUUUCUUGGCUUGGUUGGUCAAGGAAUGUCCGCAAAGUUUGCUUUUUUUCAUACAGCAGGCGUGCCUCCUGUUAAAUCUGUACCCUUUGCAGAAAAUGUUGUCAUCAACUGUACCACUAAUCGUAACAAUGUAACAACAGAACUACUGAAGAAGCAUUCUGGUCAGUGGGUCUCUUUAACAAGUCCAAAGUUAAAUACAAUACAAUUUGUAAAGAAUGGAGAUGUUUUCACAUUAUUAGACUUUGGACUGCCGGAUUCAGGGAGUUACAGGUGCCGUGCAACUGACAAUCAAUCAGGGCAAAAAAUUGAAUGGGCUGAGCCUGGUCUAUUUUUAAUCCCAGAUUAUUUUGCCCUUCCUAAAAUGUAUGUUUCUCCAGAAGCAAUGGUAGUUAUAUCAGAAGGAAAGAGUGCUAAUUUUACAUGCAGAAGUGGAAAAGGAACAAAGCUUACAUGGUACAAAAUGGGUUCUGCACCAAAUGAUGAAGUUGCUGUCCCAGCUGAUAAAGUUAUAACUACAGAAGAUAAAAUGGGGAAAAGAGUAGUCCUGACAAUAAAGAAUGCACAAACAAGUGACUCUGGGAAUUACAAAUGUGUAUURUCUUUGAAAGGCAAGAAAAACUAUAAGAUGACUGGUUUGAGGGUYUUAAAACCUACCUCRCCACAAAUAGUAUUGCAUUCCCCAACAGUUAAGACUCCAAAUUUACAAGAUGUCAAUGUGGAAUGUACUGUAACWGGGUAUCCUGAACCAGAUAUAAAAUGGUACAGAGGAGACAAAGAGAUCACAGUUCCUGGAUGUCAAGUGACCACUAGAUUAAAUAAAAAAUGUGAAGGAAUGAAGCACACAAUUGAAAAAAUUGUUGUCGUACCACACAAGAGAUACCGAGGUUUAUUAAAAAUAUCAAAGGCAACAUAUCCAGAUGAUCAUGGAAUAUAUCGCUGUGUAGCUAUGGAACAACAAGUUGUAUCGGCAGAAGCUAAUAUUUCUGUGAACAUAGAAGUGGAGCCCAAAAUAGAUAGAAAAUAUACUGGUCCAACAGUACUAGCAUUGAAAAAUUCAGCUGCUGAGAUAAAAUGUACAAUUGAGAAGAGUAAUCCAGAACCUACUUGGACCUGGGAGUUUCAAAAGCGAAUUUGUGUGGCACAGAAGGGUGAUUGUACCCCAAAUGCUGAUGACUGGAUUCCACUGGAUUCCAAAUCUCACACAGUUGAACCUAAACCUGGUACUCCUGCAUUAGAAAGCAUUGUUAAUGUCCCAAAGGAUCAAGAAGAAACAUUUUACCGAUGUAAAGCGAGGAAUAAGUAUGGUUCAGAUAACUUUACAAUCUCGUUAAUUCGUAGUGAAGCUUUUGAAGUUGUUAAAAUCGUCAGCUCCAAGAAGUCAUAUACAUUUACAGCAGGAAUACAAAAAAUUAAAAUUGAGUGUGACAUCUUCAAGCAAUUUAGUCCAUUUGGUGUUCUUUGGUUCAGAGGGGAUGAGCAGAUCUCUCCUUUCACUGAUGACAGAAUUCAAGUAAAUCGAGCAAACAGUAGUGAAGAGAAUUCCUAUGAUAGAUUUGUCUUCAAUCUUAUAAACACAACAGCAGAAGACUCUGGUAUCUAUACGUGCAGUACACCAACAGAUAGGGAUAAGAAUGACACCAUCAGAUUCACUAUAAAACCUCAAGUUGCACCGAAUAUAACUGGUCUUGUGUCCCAAGAUGUUAAAGACGAAAAUAAAUUAGUUGUUCUCAGUUGUGACACUUCAAAUGCUAAUCCUCCAGCAACUGUGACAUGGUUUAGAGACGAUACAUUAAUUGAGAUUGCUAGCAGUGACCGUGUAGAUAAUGAAAACUCGGACAGCUGUGCUUCAAGGACAGCUGGCUAUUACUAUGUGGUUACAAAAGUUGGAUCACCCUUGAUCAUCUGCCAUCCAAAACAUCAAUAUCACACAGGAAAAUACAGAUGUAUUGCUGAAAAUAUUGCUGGAAGUGAUUCUCAAGAAGCUCAAAUCAACAUUUUAGAGGCUGCAAAAAUUACCAAUCCCAUUAAAAACGGGAGAAUAGAAGUAACGUUAGGGCAAUCUCUCAACAUCAGCUGCACUGCAAGUGGUAAUCCUCUUCCUACUGUUGUCUGGACAAGAACUGGUCAAACAGACAUUUUGGUAAGUGGUAAAGGCUCAGCAAGACUGCGGUUUGUCGAGCUUCUGAAAAAGAAUCUUGGAAACUACAGCUGCAAUGCCACAAACUACAAAUCUGCUGCACGUCACAUCUCUAUCGCUGAGUACAAGGCAGAUGUAAGUGGACAAACGGGAGACAAAGCGAUAUCUAAACAAGCCCUGAUUGGUAUCAUAGUUGGAUGUGUAGCCUUUGUCUUGCUCGUCACUGUCAUCUGUUUCGUUGUGUACAGACGCCAAAAAAAGCAAAUCGAGGAAUACAAAGAAUUGUACUUUCUUAGAACGGGAAAUUCAGAUUACAAGAUUGAUCCGGACCGAAGUCUUCUUGAUCAGUGUAAUGACUUGCCAUAUGAUAUGGACUGGGAGUUCCCAGAGGAAAGGCUAAUUCUUGGUAAGCCCCUUGGUUCUGGUGCCUUUGGUCAGGUUGUUAAAGCCGAAGCCAUUGGUAUGGCAGCAUUCAAACCUCGUGACAAGACUCCAGACGCAGUAAAAAAUCGUUCUAAAUUACGAAGGUCAAUGAGGGAGAGUAAGAAGAAGAAUGAAUACGCUAGCAUGAGAAUCAGCAAGACAACCGUUGCUGUUAAAACACUGAAAGAGGGGGCCACCCAGAAUGACUACAAAGACUUGGCAUCUGAACUUAAGAUUCUUAUCCAUCUUGGCAACCAUAAAAACAUCGUUAACGUUCUUGGUGCCUGUACUCGUGGUAGAAGGUUAAUGGUGAUUAUCGARUUUGCGCCUCAUGGAGACUUGUUAUCAUUCUUGAGGGCGCGACGUGACAUCUAUGAACCAAACUGGGUGAAGACUUCAAACAACCCUGAGCAGGAGUUUACCCUUGUCGACUUAGCAAUGGCGACUUAUCAAAUAUCACGUGGUAUGGAAUUCCUUGCUUCAAGAAAGUGUGUUCAUCGCGAUUUAGCUGCACGAAAUGUACUCGUGGGAAAGGAUUUCGUYAUGAAGAUCUCYGAUUUCGGUCUUGCACGUGACAUAUACAAGGACGAUCUSUACGUGAAGACGACCAGUGGACUUUUGCCUGUGAAGUGGAUGGCUAUGGAAUCGUUGUUUGACCGUGUAUAUACUGAGAAGAGUGAUGUAUGGUCAUUUGGGAUUGUAUUAUGGGAGAUUUUCACUCUUGGUGGAAAUCCCUACCCUGGUCUACCAACGGAACAACUACUAGACUAUUUAAGUGAAGGUCARCGAAUGAAGCAGCCACAGAAUUGUCCUCUUGAGAUGUAUGCUAUUAUGAGAGACUGCUGGAUGCAGUUUCCAGAACAGAGACCUGAGUUUUCGGCCAUUGCUGAGAGAUUAGGAAAGAUACUUGAAAGGAACGUCUCAGAGGACAACCCCUACAUUUAUUUGGAAAUGGAUGAACAAACAGGAGCAACAGAUUACUACCUUAACCCUUGUGAUGCUUUCAAUACUCAAGGAAGGCAAACAGCGGAUGGUUACGAGGAGGCUCUCCCCACUCCACGUCCAGACACAUCAAACAAAUAUGAUUCGCCAUUACCAGGUCUUCCACCAGAUUCUCCAGGAUAUGACGGUCCUACAGGACCCCUUCCCAGCAUCCCUCCGACUUAUGAAGAGGCUACAAAGAAACUGCUGCAGGAUGAACCAAGGAAACCCAGCCAGAGCAGUAAUGAAAGUGGUAUCGACAUCGAUGAAAAGGAAAAGGAGAGAGAAGAGAAUGAACCACUAAUAGUUCGUUUAGAAGAUGAAACUCGCUUUUCUCCAAAAGGGAAAGGAAAAUCGUCGCAAGAAUCAGCUGUUUAGCUUGUAGGACUUAGCCUGUUGCAUCAGCCACGAUUUUGCAGCCCCUCCGAGGAUUGUCCACAGGUGAAUAGAGGUCUCCUGAGACGUGGCAAUAGAGUAUCACGAAUAUUGAAAGAACUAUAUACCAUAGAACACUAUCCUUGGCAGAGACAAUGAUAGGAGACUGAGAAUACAUUAUAAUGCUUUACACAAUAUGGCAGCAGCUGCGUCUCUACACUGGGUAGAAACGUUUUCAAGAUAACAGUGCUUGAAGAGUUCUAAAGAUUGAACGUACUGUUUUGUCUCCAGUGGUGACAACAUGUAGCCUUAGAUCACUAUACUGAAAGAGAGUAGUGUUUCUUCUCUUCUAUAGUGCUUUCUGAGCACAACAACAGAACUAGAAGUGAAGAGAGAAAAAUUCGAAUGGGAUAAAAUCGUUUUAUCAUACAUUUAAGCAUUAGAAAUUUAUAACGACGUACCUUAUACCCCGUAUUUCGUGUGGGAGGCAAGUUUUAAAUCAUCUGUAAUAUACUAUAUAAUGGUGGUAAGACAAUACAAAUGAACCAGGACAAAUAUCAAAAAUUAUAAGCCGAUUAAUCAAUAUGUAUAGUUAGAUUGCGAAAUUUUUAGAGUUAUUUAUCAUUGUUACUUGUAACUGGUACAAGCGAGCUGUAAGUACUUUGCGCUAGUUCUAAACUCCACAGGUUUAAGGCUCGAGAAAACGAGAAAUAUUUGAUCACUCAACACUAUUGUUGGAUAAUCAAACCAAUUCAUGUCAUCCAUGGUAGCCAAACCGCUUUCAAGCGUCAUCCAACUACAUACCACUAUAUUUCAGCAUCAGACAAGGUGGCAAAUAGACAUAACUUUCUUUAACAUUAUAAAACAAUGUUUGAUGGUGUUGGAUCCAACAUUUCUCGCUUUUCUGGGACUUUACUAUCAAAUUGAAAUUAACUAAUAUUAAAAUGUUUGAAGCAACUGUUCCUAACAUUGAGAAUUCCUGGACUUGGCCACCUGUUCGCGUAUAGCAUGUGCCUACCUUGUUCAGGUGUGAUAGUGCACAUCUGUAUUUUGAAUUAAAUUAUUUCAUGUUUUCGUUUUAAACAAAUGUAAUGAGUAUUUUUCAUUUUAAUUUUGCAAAAUAUAUAGAAGUAGAGUUUCAUAAUAAAGAUUUCUUAUACAGCACGUAA